AUGACCAAACUCAAAGUCGCCGUCUCGCAGUCGCACUCGCGGCAGACUCUCGCCAACACUCUCAUCGCCCUGAAGCGCACUGCUCUGACGGCCGCCAGUCGAGGCGUCAACAUCCUCCUCUUCCCCGAGGCCUACCUCGGAGGUUAUCCCCGCACCGCCACCUUCGGCACUCGCUUUGGCUUCCGCGAAGCCCACGGCCGCGAACAGUUUCUGCACUACUUCAAUGGCGCUGUCGACCUGGGAGACACUCCAGCCGGCGCCGGAGACGACUGGGUAGACAAAAAAUUACCCGUCGCCAAAGGAAAGCAGUACCGUGGAGACGGGACCCGAGAGACUUUGGAGAAAAUCGCUAACGAAACCGGCAUCUUGAUGAUUGUCGGGGUCAUUGAGCGGGCAGGGGGCAGUUUGUAUUGUUCUGCAUUGUACGUCGACCCCACCAGGGGCGUUCUGGGCAAGAGGCGAAAGGUCAUGCCAACGCAAUGGACCGGCUCGGAACGCCUUGUCUGGGCUCAAGGAUCCCCUUCGACGCUCAAGGCAGUUACAACCGAGAUAAAUGGCGUCAAGUUGACCCUGGCCGCUGCCAUCUGCUGGGAGAACUACAUGCCGCUGCUUCGCCAGAGUCUUUACUCCCAGAACGUCAAUCUCUACCUCGCUCCGACGGUUGACAGUCGCGAGACUUGGCUGCCUCUGAUGCGGACGAUUGCGUUGGAAGGCAGGGCCGUUGUCUUGUCUGCAAGUCAAUGCGGUCGCUAUAAAGAGCUCCCUGGGUGGGCUACUCAAGCACCAGAGGGCGACAAAGUAAACUCAGAUCCAGAUGCAUGGGCUAGUGGAGGCGGCUCGUGUAUCAUCGGUCCUCUCGGAGAGGUUCUCGCUGGUCCCAUUUGGGACGUGAACGACAAUAGCGAUCCGGACAGCGCUCUGCAAAUUGUCGAGGUUGAUUUCGAGGACUGUCUUCGCGGUAGACUGGACCUCGAUCUGGCGGGCAGUUAUUCGCGCAAUGAGUUCUCGCUCAAGGUCGAGGGCUUGGAUCUCAACCCGCCUCCUAUAUAG